CCCAAAACAAACCCACAAACGAAGAAGAAAGAAGAACAUCAGGAAAAAAAAUGAAGCAAGAAGAGAACGACAUCAAAACUCCCGACCAUGUCACCGUCCCUCCUUCCACCACCAACGACGGCGAAGACAACAAUAACAUCAAGUCGUGGGAUCAAAUGAUGGAGGAGGCAGCGGCUCUGGGCGGCGGCCGGAGGGCCCGCAAGCGAUUUGUGGGUGUCAGGCAGCGGCCGUCAGGGAGGUGGGUGGCUGAGAUCAAGGACACCAUCCAAAAGAUCAGGGUCUGGCUGGGAACCUACGACACCACUGAGGAGGCGGCUCGAGCUUACGACGAAGCCGCCUGCCUCCUCCGCGGCGCCAACACUCGCACCAAUUUCUGGCCCUGCUCUUCACCCAAUUCCAAGCCGGUUCUCCCCCCCAAAAUCACCAAUCUCUUGCUCCACAGGCUCAAGGCAAGGAACCGAGAUUUAGCGACGGAAACAAUUAGUGACGAUGUUGCUCCGAAAAGUACGAAACAGAGCAUCGUUGCCUGCCCGUUGGAGGAGCAUCACGGUGUUGAGAUGAGCGGGAAUAGGGACCUCAAUGGCUUCUUGAGCAUAGACAGCAACAACAAUUCUGGUGUUGGGAACCCAUACCCUGUUUCCGUCGGUAAUAAUAAUAUCAUUGGCGACGAAUGUUUUGGUGACGGGGGAUAUCGAGGCGUCACUAAUGGUAACAAUCGGGACUGGUUCGCGACUUUUGGCGACGAGAACAGGGGAAACAGGGACGACGGUGACCGUGGUUCGGAUGUGGGGAAAGGACAUCUCAUGAAUGAAUUUCACCAACAACAGCCUUACUCCGCGUUCGACAUCGCGCAAGAGAUGAUGGAGCCUCUGUCGAAGCAGAUGAGCGAUCAAAAUCGAUCGGCUGAAGGUGUGGAUCGUCAUGGUAAUGGGGUUGAUGAGGAGGAUGCAGGGGAGCCGUUGGUGGUGAGUGAGAUCAGCAAGCGCCUGAAUUACGAGAGGAAGUUCUCUGCCUCUCUGUACGCCUACAGCGGCGUGACGGAGUGCCUUAGCCGGGCGACCAGAAGCACUAUUAGCGACGAAGUAACUACGAAGAAGAUGCGAAUCGGUGACUAUAGUGUGGUUCGUGACUUGAAGGGUUCGAGUGAAGAGGCAGCGGAGGAGAAGUUAAAGGGUAGAAAUGUUAACCAUCUUAAUAAGAUAAUAAGCAGCGGCAGCAAUACUACUGCAGGGACGGCCUCGGCGUCAUCGUCGAAUGUGGAAGAAGACGGGGAGUUGUCCCUCUGGAGCUCCCUUGAUCUUCCUUCUCUUUGCUUCUCCAUUUAGUUUGCAGUCUAGAGUAACCGAUUAGGAGCUUUGACCAAAUUGAUCUUCAAUUCUAGUUGGCUGGUUAGUAGCCUCUUCUCUCUUCUUGUUCACUUCUAGUUUCCAACUUCGUCCUCUAUGUAUACCUGGUGGUUGAGGUUAAUCAAAACCUUAACUAUAU